CAAGAGGCAGCGCCAACACUUUCUCAGCCAAUCACAAGCGGCGGCGGAGCGUCAUCGCCCUCCUUCUCUGUCCGCCUCCCAUGCCGUAGCUGCUUUCUGGUCCUCCAAAUCGACUUUUUAUCAUUUCUUUAUGGACAAUAGCAACUGCUGUCCAAAACAAAGAACCAUGGUCCAAGCGAAGACGUGGGUUCUGACCAAGCACUUUGACGGCUUCCCAAAGAACAGCAACUUUGAGCUCAGGCUGGAGCAGCUUCCUGAGCCAAAAGAUGGAGAGGUGCUUUUGGAAGCCGUGUUUCUCAGUGUCGACCCGUACAUGAGGCCAUUCAGUCGGGUUCGCAUGAAGGAAGGGGAUAUCAUGAUUGGAACUCAAGUGGCCAAGGUGAUCCAAAGCAACAACGCAGCGUUUCCGGUUGGCAGCCAUGUUGUCGGCCGGUGCGGCUGGAGGACACACACAGUCUGCGAUGGGACAGGCUUGACUCCCAUCAUGCCUGACUGGCCUCAAGAUGUUCCUCUGACCCUGGCUCUGGGUGCUGUUGGCAUGCCAGGGCUGACAGCUCUGUAUGGGAUCGAGGAGGUCUUGGGACUCCAGGCAGGGGAAACCCUCUUGGUGAAUGCAGCAGCUGGGGCGGUGGGCUCAGUGGUGGGCCAGCUCGCCAAGCUCAAGGGCUGUAAGGUGGUGGGCUCGGCGGGAUCCGACGCCAAGGUCGCUUUCCUCAAAGAGCUGGGCUUCGACGAGGCCUUCAACUACAAGAGUGUGGGCUCGCUGGAGGAGGCGCUGAAGAAGGCUUCGCCGCAGGGAUACGACUGCUACUUUGAGAAUGUGUCAGGUCCGUUUUCAAGCGUCGCCUUGCCCCAGAUGAAGGACUUUGGGAGAAUAGCUGUGUGUGGAGCUAUUUCUUUGUAUAACGACACCAUGCCACAAACAGGCCCGUACCCCCACCUGACCAUGAUCUUCAAGCAGCUGAAGAUGGAGGGCUUCAUGCAGAGCAGGUGGGAACACAAGCACCCCGAAUCCCUCAAGAGGCUGAUGGCAUGGGUCAAAGAGGGGAAGCUGAUCUGCCGGGAGCACGUCACCGAAGGCUUUGAAAACAUGCCAGCUGCUUUCAUGGGGAUGCUGCAGGGAGAAAACAUCGGCAAGGCCAUCGUCAAAGUCUGACAUGCACCAAGACGAGAAAACCGAUGAAUAGCAAUCAAUAUUAUCCUGGAAAAAAAAUAGCAGUGUCUAUUUUUUGAGUGACACACACCAUUACACCCUCGCCGUGAAGGA